AUGUCCAAGAACAAGGGCAAGAAGCCCGUCACCUACGACUCGGAUGAAGAGGAAGCUCUUAACAACUACUUGGAGGAGCUCUCACUACGUUCCGAGACUGAUAUCGAGAGCACAUACCACCACCCCAGCCAGCAGGCGUCCUCUCAGGCAUCGACGUCGACAUCAACGUCCCAUGUUCCGGUCCCAAUGUCAAGCGACGAGCUCUUGCAGCAGUACCAGAGCAAGAAACUGCAAGAGCAGCAGCUUGAAAAUCAGCGCCUAACCAAGGAGCUUCAAGAGCUACGGCAGCUUCUGCAGCAAGAGAGGGCUAAAGCCAAACAAAAGAUGAAAGCGAAAGGCAGGACAGCUGAGGACGGCAGUAUUGAUAGCGACGACAGUAGCAGCUACACCGCUCCACCGGUAGGCAACCGUCAAAACCCAACAACAGGACACCCUGGACAUGACAAAAAAAUUGGAGAUAUCGCACGAGCUUUCUACCUCAACAACGAAAUGUUCAUCGACGCUGAUUGGUUCAUGCAACCCCGACCUAAUACCAACAGUCUUGAAGGGCGGUACCCCCGUGAAAAAGAGAAACAGCCUCAGGCCCUACGUAUUGCUAUUAUUGCAGAGCUAUACGAGAAAACCGAUGAGCUAUACCACCCCCAGCUGCAGACGUCACCUGCAUUUCAGGCAGUGUUUCAACAUGCCGUGUCCAGUCUCCGACGAACCUUGAUUUCGGACCUCAGAAAAAAGGCAGCAGCAGCAGUGAUAUUCGAUGCUCCUGACGACAUAGCCUCACUCUAUGCACCUGACAAGUACAAGCAGCGGGGAGAAACAUCUUUCUUCCUCAGCAAGCUUGUCUGGGACGAGGCGUUGGACGAUAGGAGGAUGGUGCGGUUCUCAUUGCUGUUGUUCCCACCAAUCCUAUUCAAAGAUGGGGUUCGGAACUUCAGAGAGGGUGUUUUCCGUAACCCAGAGCUCCCGAUGUGUGCGCGCGUUGACCUCUUUUCAGAAAAUUCAUUGAUACCGGAAUGGCUUAUUGAUGGAGAAACCAAGCCCGACCCAAAAUCCCGAGGGAUAAAGUACUUCAAGAAAGCAGGCCCAGGUCUCGUCUCUCGCACCUGCAUUCAGGCGAUCUUCAUUCACAACAACGACAAGUAUCUCGAACCUGUCGGUGCCAAUUCCAAGUUCCCGUAUCAGAAAGCAUUCCAUCUUUACAAGAAGUUUCUCAUCGAGGGGAUGAACUUAGGAAAGAAAGAUGGCAAAGACUUGUCGGAGCCUUACAAGGAUAUCUUCCGGUUCUGGAACUCCUACAUUCUUCCAAGAUCCAUGCAAGAGACUGACGAGGAGGAAAUUGGGGAGGUCCGCCAAGACGAUGACGAAUAUGAGGAAGCAGCAGCAGCAAUGCUUUGCGACGACGAAAACAGCAAUCAAUCGGGACGCUGGCCUGUAGAUAUCUCAUCAAUCGAGAUCUCCCAUGACCUCGUCAAACUACGCUCCCAGCUCCAACAUUUCCCUUCGAUCUCUCAUUCGGCGGAUCUCAUCGAUGGCCUACAAGAGCUCUCCAAAGUUGUUGCACCAUCGUCUGUUCCACGAGAGGCUAGCCCUCAGUUCCUCAAGUUCCUCGAGCGUAUCGAAAAUGCCAACCCCAAUGACCCUGCAAUUCCGAAGGACGAUGGCAACGAAAAUUGGGGGCACCACCAGUUUACUGCAGGAUCCCUGACUUUGAGGAGCACGAUCACCUCCUGGGAUGCAGUUGGCAGUGCCGAACACGCUGCGAGGCUUCUUGCUGCCGCCAUCCGCACGUGUCAUGCAGCCCGUAUCAUCUGCGGAGACCGGAACAUCCCAGUCAAAGAUGAUGAAUAUCUGAGUGACGCCUAUCUCGACCAGACCGUUCAGGUCCUUUGGACCGUCGUAGAGCCAAAGGUCAGCCUUUUGCGAAGCUCAGGAAGAAACUCAGACUUGGAGAGUGUUGUGGAAGACCUGGCCGCAGCAGGGCCGGUUCCUACAUCUGGUGACGUCAAGAAAGCAUUAAAUCUAUGGACAGUUCGGCACCUCAAAGCGUGGAUUAAAGAACGUGAAAUUCCCUCAAAGGUGACAAAAGCAACCAAGAAAGCUGAGCUUGUGAAUAUAAUUUUGGAAUCCCAGCACAUUCCCUCGUCAAAUGAGCUUACAGAAUGGCGCCAACGCUCGUUUUAA